AUGCAAAAACUGCAAUUCUAUGUUUAUAUUUACCUGUUUAUGCUGAUUGUUGCUGGUCCAGUGGAUCUAAAUGAGAACAGCGAGCAAAAAGAAAAUGUGGAAAAAGAGGUGCUGUGUAAUGCAUGUACUUGGAGACAGAACACUAAAUCUUCAAGAAUAGAAGCCAUAAAAAUUCAAAUCCUCAGUAAACUUCGUCUGGAGACUGCUCCUAACAUAAGCAAAGAUACUAUAAGACAACUUCUACCCAAAGCUCCCCCACUACGGGAACUAAUUGAUCAGUAUGACGUCCAGAGAGAUGACAGCAGUGAUGGUUCUUUGGAAGAUGAUGAUUAUCACGUUUCGACAGAAACAAUUAUUACUAUGCCUACAGAGUCUGAUCUUCUAAUGCAAGUAGAAGGGAAACCCAAAUGUUGCUUCUUUAAAUUUAGCUCUAAAAUACAGUACAAUAAAGUAGUAAAAGCCCAACUGUGGAUAUUUCUGAGACCUGUCAAGAUUUCUACAACAGUGUUUGUGCAAAUCCUGAGACUCAUCAAACCCAUGAAAGACGGUACAAGGUAUACUGGAAUCCGAUCUCUGAAACUUGACAUGAAUCCAGGCACUGGUAUUUGGCAGAGCAUUGAUGUGAAGACAGUGUUGCAGAAUUGGCUCAAACAACCCGAAUCCAACUUAGGCAUUGAAAUCAAAGCUUUAGAUGAGAAUGGUCAUGAUCUUGCUGUAACCUUCCCAGGACCGGAAGAAGAUGGACUGAAUCCCUUUUUAGAGGUCAAGGUAACAGACACACCAAAAAGAUCCAGAAGAGAUUUUGGUCUCGACUGUGAUGAGCACUCAACAGAAUCUCGAUGCUGUCGUUACCCUCUAACUGUGGAUUUUGAAGCUUUUGGAUGGGAUUGGAUUAUUGCACCCAAAAGAUACAAGGCCAAUUACUGCUCUGGAGAGUGUGAAUUUGUAUUUUUACAAAAAUAUCCUCACACUCAUCUUGUACACCAAGCGAACCCUAGAGGUUCAGCAGGCCCUUGCUGUACUCCUACCAAGAUGUCUCCAAUUAAUAUGCUAUAUUUUAAUGGCAAAGAACAAAUAAUAUAUGGGAAAAUUCCGGCCAUGGUAGUAGACCGCUGUGGGUGCUCAUGAGAUUUAUAUUAGGUUCAUAACUUCCUAAGUCAUGGAAGUCCUUCCCCUCAACAAUUUUGAAACUGUGAAAUUAUGUACCACAGGCUAUAGGCCUGAAGUAUGCUACAGCCACUUAAGCACAAGCUACAGUAUAUGAACUAAAAGAGAGAAUAUAUGCAAUGGUUGGCAUUUAACCAUCAAAAUAAAUCAUACAGUA